GCGAUCGCGUUUAGUGCGUCGCGGUUGGUCUACGAGGCAACAGCUCAAGACUCGGGAGCUCCAUCAAUAGCUCCAUAGCGCUCGGUUCGGUUUUGGUCUUGGAUUCGGUUUACCGCAAAAAAAAACAAAUAAACCUACGACUGCGGCGGCUUCGCGUUGCGUGACAAAAAAAAAAUACCUGGCGAAUCUCCCUGCCUUUUCGAGUGCUUGUAAGCGAGUGGGAAAUUGGCCAAAACAACAAUAGAAAUCCAUAUAACAAAAGGCAUCCAAAGCUGUUUUUAAUUGUGCACAAACGACGGCUUGAAAGUCUUUGCAAAAACCCAGAGACCACAAAUAAAUUCAAACUAAAAUUGAAUAGGCAACAAGUUGAUUUAAACUCAAUAUCAAACCCAACCAACUGGCAGAGCAGGCCGAGAAAAACGAAUCGGUAAAAUAAUAAAAAAAAAUAAAACAAACGCUUAAGUGAGUUUUCCCGAGUGGUGUUUUCCAGCGUCAAUUCGGGCGUGUCAGCAGGACCAAGCUCAAGAUGUCGGGCUUACGCAAAACCUCCAUUGCGCUGAUGAGACGCUCCACUUCCAGCACCACCACAUUGCCGCACUUGGGUGGCGGUGGGGCGGUGUCGCCACCCAGCAGCGGAGUGGGCGUGGCGACGGAAAUUGAAAAAUCAAUUGCAAUGCACCGACUGCGGACAGGCGAGUCGGCAAAUCUCAAGAAAUUAAAUGUCAGCCAACAAGCCGUGGCAGCAGCAGCAACCAUUACUAUGGCAAAAACAACCGCUCUACCGGCAGAAGGCACGACUUCUUCGGUAGCUGCAGUGCGUCCUUACUCGGAAGUGCCGGGCCCAUAUCCCUUGCCACUGAUUGGCAACUCUUGGCGGUUUGCUCCCCUAAUUGGAACAUACAAAAUAAGUGACUUGGACAAGGUCAUGAAUGAGCUGCAUGUGAACUAUGGGAAGAUGGCCAAAGUGGGUGGUCUGAUUGGCCAUCCGGAUCUGCUGUUCGUCUUCGAUGGCGACGAGAUUCGCAACAUAUUCAAGAAGGAGGAGGCAAUGCCACACCGACCGUCGAUGCCCUCACUGCGCCAUUACAAGGGCGACCUGCGACGCGAUUUCUUUGGCGAUGUGGCCGGCCUAAUUGGCGUACACGGACCCAAGUGGGAGGCCUUCAGGCAGGAGGUGCAGCACAUUCUGCUGCAACCGCAGACGGCCAAGAAGUAUAUUCCGCCGCUAAACGACAUUGCCAGCGAGUUUAUGGGCCGCAUUGAGCUGAUGCGCGACGAAAAGGACGAGCUGCCAGCCAAUUUCCUCCACGAACUCUACAAAUGGGCCUUGGAAUCUGUGGGUCGCGUUUCCCUAGAUACAAGGUUGGGCUGUUUGUCGCCUGAAGGCAGUGAAGAGGCCCAACAGAUCAUCGAGGCUAUCAACACAUUUUUCUGGGCUGUCCCAGAAUUGGAGCUACGAAUGCCCCUGUGGCGAGUAUAUCCCACCAAGGCAUACCGCAGCUUCGUCAAGGCUUUGGAUCAGUUCACAGCAAUUUGCAUGAAAAACAUUGGCAAGACCAUGGACAAGGCUGAUGCCGAUGAGGCUAGGGGUUUGCCCAAAUCGGAGGCGGAUAUCUCAAUUGUGGAACGAAUAGUGCGAAAGACGGGCAAUCGAAAAUUGGCUGCCAUUUUGGCUUUGGAUUUAUUCCUAGUGGGAGUCGAUACGACCUCUGUGGCCGCCUCGUCCACAAUUUAUCAGCUGGCCAAAAACCCAGACAAACAGCAGCGACUCUUCGAUGAGCUACAAAAGGUGUUUCCCCAUCGCGAUGCAGAUAUCAACCAGAAUGUCCUGGAGCAGAUGCCCUACCUGCGUGCCUGUGUGAAGGAGACUCUACGUAUGCGACCCGUGGUAAUUGCCAAUGGCCGAAGUCUUCAGUCGGAUGCUGUCAUCAAUGGUUACCAUGUUCCCAAGGGCACGCACGUUAUCUUCCCCCAUUUGGUUGUUUCAAACGAUCCCGCAUAUUUCCCCGAGCCCAAGCGCUUUUUACCGGAGCGCUGGCUCAAACAGUCAGCGGCAGAUGCAGCUGGUUGCCCCCAUGCUAGCCAGAAAAUUCACCCGUUUGUGAGUUUGCCCUUUGGCUUUGGACGUCGCAUGUGCGUAGGUCGUCGUUUUGCCGAAAUCGAGUUGCACACGCUGCUGGCCAAGAUCUUCCGCAAAUACAAGGUCUCGUACAAUUCCGGGGAGUUUGUGUACCGUGUGAACUCCACGUACAUCCCGCAGUCUCCUCUAAAUUUUAAGCUAACGCUGAGGGACGAGUGAGUGAGUGGACACUCACCAAAGGGAACUGGAGGCCCUGAGAGCUCUACAUUGAGCUCGGCCCCACAGCCUCACAGAUGCAGUGACACACGGCGGAUGUGUGAUAUUUAUAGUCAGAGCCCAGCUGCUUCUGCUGCUGCGAUGUUUCUUUUUAAUUAAGCAAAUGUACAUACAACACAAAGUCCCGACAAAUUCAGCACAUCCCAUAGCCACGAGCGUAUUUAUGUGGGUGCGUGUAACUGAAUAAACGUUGUGUAUUUAUGUGGAUACAUGUGUAUAUAGAACCCAUUAUAAUCCCCCCCAUAUUUAGUUGUAGUUUUUUUCUCGAAGAAUAAUUGUACCUAAUAAAGCGUCGAAAAGUAUGCAAUAAAAAUGGUGUUUCUGUUUGUUUUUCUUGUCUGGCAUUAUCAUUAAUCAAAGG